UGUAUUUGUUCUCUUCCAUUAUCAUGUAUUCUCUAUGUUCUUCUGCUUCAUAUUUGUAUAGUUAUAUGUUAACGUAAAACCUGCAGCGGAGAAUCUGAAACUUCCUCCGUUUACAAGCAUUGCAUUUGAAAUUCCUCCUCUAGUUGCCGCCGGAGACUAGCCAGCUCCGGCCAAUAUUUCCGACCAAGAUUCUUUAAUGCAGCUGUAUUUAUGAUGAUUUGAUUUUAACCAAGAUUCGCAAACGGGUAACCCAAACAAGCAAAAAAGAUAGAAGCCAUUUUCAGUGUCUUUUAGCUCAGUUGCUGAAACUUCUUUUAUCCAUUUUGAGGUACUGUAAAGAGAAGAAAAGAAAAGGGAAAAGAGAGAGCAGAAGGAGAAGAUGUUGACGUGUAUCACGUGUAAGCAAAAGAUAGACGAUGAUGGAGGUGAAGAGGGACCCCGUCCUACUCCCAAUACUAAAGACUCCGUCAAAAGCCUCACGGCCCAGAUCAAGGAUAUUGUUUUAAAAGUCUCAGGUGCUUAUAAAUGCAAGCCAACAACACCAACAGGUUACAGGAAAGGGCAUAGACCAUAUCCUGAUUUUGAUACUAUAUCAGAGGGAGUUCCAUAUCCAUAUCAACCAGCAAGUUCUAGUAGUUCUACUCCAGCUUGGGAUUUUACAAGUGCUGGAAAUCUAAGGACUCCUAGACCUGAUCCAAGAUUUGCUAGAGGAUUUAGUGGUGUUGAAUCUAUUUCUCAGUCUGGUGAUGUGGUGGUGGAAAAUGAUGAGCAAAAAGAGUGGACAGCACAGGUCGAGCCUGGUGUUCAGAUCACGUUUGUUUCUCUCCCUAAUGGUGGAAAUGAUCUUAAACGAAUCCGCUUUAGUCGGGACAUGUUCAACAAAUGGCAAGCUCAAAGAUGGUGGGGUGAAAAUUAUGACCGAAUUAUGGAGCUUUAUAAUGUUCAGAGAUUCAAUAAACAAGCUCUUAACACGCCUGGACGGUCUGAGGAUGGAAGAGAUUCCAAUUAUUCGAGGCUUGGAUCUGCAAUGGAGAGCCCUAUGAUGACUCCUGCAACAAACAAGGAAUGGACUCCAAGCAAUUACCAUAAACCAACAGGAUCAACUGCCUAUGCAGCUGGUUUCCCAAAGGGUGACAUGUCAUAUAUGGACGCAUCAAGGACAACCACCGACUCUAGAGAUGAAGCUUCACUUUCCAUUAGUAAUGCUAGUGAAUUGGAGUCAGAAUGGGUAGAACAAGAUGAGCCUGGGGUCUAUAUAACCAUCAGACAACUAGUUGAUGGCACUAGAGAGCUACGCCGUGUUAGAUUCAGCCGAGAGAAGUUUGGGGAGGUGCAUGCAAAGCUGUGGUGGGAACAGAACCGAGAGAGAAUACAAACUCAAUACCUUUAAACCAACAAAUUUCCCUACUGAGCUGCAGUUUUUUACCCAGAGAAAUUCCAAGGAAAAAGGAACAAUUUUGCCUCUUCGAUGUGAUGAAGCUGAAACUGAGAUUACAAGAUACUUAAAUUUAAAGUAUUUACAGUAGUUCUUCUGUCUCCAUUUCUACAGAGCAAACUAUCUUGGCCAUUAAGCGUUUUUUCAUGGCAUUUCUUCAUCUCUAGUUAUAUAUGAUCUUGCAAAUUCUCCAA